CUUCUGUCAAUGUCAAACACGGAAAUUUACGAUUUUAAUCUUGUUGUUGACUAAAAAAAUGUGUUGUUGAUGUUAUAAAAAUUAAAAAUGCUUUCUAUCUACGAUUAUUUCGGUUUAAUUUAAUUAGUUAAUCGUUUAGCGCUGUGUUACUAUUAUUCUACUUUCAAAUCAUGAUACGGUAAUAAGUGUGUAGUGAAAUAAAUUAUUAAACAAUAUUUACUACAAACAUGAAAUCUUUUAAGCUUAUUGUCCAUCAAUCGAGUUUUAGCCCUCUGGACUUAAUCAUUAACCUGAAAGACUACCCAGGUUUAAAGGAGAAAGAUAUUGUUGAAAUUUAUCAUCCAGAAAAUGAUUAUCCACGCUUAUUGCUGCAAGUCACGAAAGUGGAUGCACCUGGACGGGGAAGAGAUACCAUCAGUGUAGAACAAAGCAUAGCUAUUACUUUCCAGUUAAGAACCUUUGCAGAUGUAUAUGUGAACAUAGUAAAUGUGGCAGAUGUGGCUCUCGACUCUGUGGAGCUCACCUUCAAAGAUCAGUACAUGGGAAGAUCAGAAAUGUGGAGGUUGAAGAACAGCUUGGUAAGCACCUGUGUGUAUUUGAACAAAAAGAUAGAAUACUGUGGUGGAGCUAUAAGAUGCCAAGUUUACGAGAUGUGGUCUCAAGGUGACAGAGUUGCUUGUGGAGUCAUCACUGAGGAUACAAAGAUAGUGUUCCGAUCCUCCACGUCAAUGGUCUACCUCUUCAUACAAAUGUCUUCGGAAAUGUGGGACUUUGAUAUACAUGGUGAUCUAUAUUUCGAGAAGGCGGUAAAUGGAUUUCUUGCUGAUCUUUUUGCAAAAUGGAAGAAAAACGGCAGUAAUCAUGAGGUGACCAUAGUGUUGUUCUCAAGGACAUUCUACAAAGCUAAAUCACUCGAAGAGUUUCCGCAACAUAUGAAGGAAUGUUUGCAAAAAGAUUAUAGAGGCAGAUUUUAUGAGGAUUUUUACAGGGUGGCAGUUCAAAAUGAGAGAUAUGAAGACUGGUCGAAUGUUCUCCUUCAAUUGAGAAGAUUAUUCACAGAUUACCAAAAGAUUGUGUUGCAAUACCACGAGAGACCAAACAUGGAAAUACCGACUGCUAUUAAUUCUACUGCAGCUCAAGGAAACUUUCUCGAAGUUUUAAAUAUGAGUUUGAAUGUAUUCGAAAAACACUACCUCGACAGAUGUUUCGACCGUACUGGUCAACUGAGCGUGGUUAUAACCCCAGGGGUCGGUGUGUUUGAAGUAGACAGAGAAUUAACGAACGUCACAAAACAACGGAUCAUCGACAAUGGAGUUGGAAGCGAUUUAGUUUGCGUAGGAGAACAACCUCUACACGCAGUACCAUUAUUGAAGUUUCACAAUAAAGACAAUAAUUUGAACUCCAUAGAUGAUUACUCCAUGCCACAUUGGAUUAAUUUAUCGUUUUAUUCGACUAAUAAAAAAGUUGCGUAUUCGAAUUUUAUACCGAGAAUCAAAUUGCCUCCAAGAAAGAGUCAGGAGCCUUUAAGAAAAAUGUACGAAGAUGAACGCAAAGGGAAAUUGUUAAAGGAAGAUGAAUAUAUGCAUAAUUCUAUAUUUGAUUACGAUGCAUAUGAUGCUCAGGUGUUCCAGUUGCCGCUGGCGCAUAGCACGUGUGUGCAAAGAGUGUCAAGAACAAAGAAGACGUCUGUGGCUGGCUUAGAAGGCAUCAGUCGUCGAAGUCCGCCUACAUCCAGUUUACAUCAUAGAAAGAUGUCGGAUCCUGACAUUCAUCAUACCGUUGCUGACAUUCUUGCCAUUGGCAGUAAGUACAAACAAGGCGCCUAUGACACAAACAGUGACGCAACAGACUCACCGCUCUCAAGCAACCGACUUUCCCCCCGAAGUUCUAUAUCUUCCCACAAGCCGGUCAUUCGAACCGGCCGAGCGCUCAUCAACCCGUUCGACCCAUCCCACGUCACAGUCAAACUGACCAGUAACAGACGUCGGUGGACGCACAUAUUUCCCAAAGGUCCAACCGGCGUAUUAAUACAACAACAUCAUUACCAAGCCCGUCCUGCUGGAGAACCGGCCUCCAGGACUGAAGACCACCGCCUCGAAAACAAUAUUACCAAAGAAAAUGGAUCUUCGAUUAUUAAUAACAAUCACUCGCUUUAUCAGGUUGAUGGCAACGUAAUAGGUCGCAAGCGCAUGAUUAGCGCUUCGGGUACGUUGGCAGUGCUGGGCGUUGUAUCUGGCACUCCAUCCACUACCAACAACGCAUCACUCGCCUUACUAUGGGGAGCUACUGGAGAACAAGAGUGGACGCCAGCCCUAACCACAGGUGUGGAUUGGAAAUCUUUAACGAUUCCGGCGUGUUUGCCGAUCACAACGGAUUAUUUCCCGGACAAACGUUCUCUUCAGAACGAUUAUCUCGUCUCCGAUUACAAUCUACUGCCGGAUGACGUGAAUGCUGACUUUGCACAGAACAGGGCCAUCUAUAAGGAACCCCUGACUACAAUGGAAGUUUUUAAAGAGUUGGUCUCUCAGCGAUUAGCUCAGGGUUUCCAGCUAAUAGUCGGUGUAAAUGAAAACGAGGUAAUAGAAUCCCACUGCCCAUCUACAGCGGCACCUCCACCUUCGAAAGUGGCUCCACAGUGCGGCAAGCCGGUGAACUCGGCGCCUACUAAACGAUACCUCCUGUCUAUAGGCAGGAUCUUCCACAAACUGACUCUUGUCGGGUCUACCAUCACUGUUACGAGAUAUCGACCUAGACAUCCUUAUCCGCCUUUCAACAUUCACUAUCGCUACCGUUUCCACGCACCGAACCAUGACACAUACGAAGUGUCUUGGGUAUCUUUCACGACGGAAAAACUGGAGACUUACAACUGGAAUUACAUGGACCACUACAUAUGCACCCGUGGGGAUACAGAUUUUGCUCUGGCAGAGGUGAUUGUUACGGCCCUGAAAUACUGGAGGUUCCGUACAUUACUGCUGCCGUUAUUUAAUCCAGCUACGAAACAGAUAAUGGAUGACAAUGUCAUACAUUGUGACAUUUACCCGACACCAACACGCCAUGAUCUUGAUCAACUGACAGAUGGAUUUCUUAAAAUGACAGAACAAUACUUCAAUAAGGUGAAACGUCCUAACAAACAGAGGGGCGGUGUAUCCAACUCGCCGUUCAGGGAGCGUGUGGGCAGCACGCGGUUGCCUGACCGACCGAGGCUACGGAUCGAAGCCAUGGCCGCAGCUAAAACUGUACUGGAGAGAACUCAAUCUCAGACUGGGGAAUGCGAUGAUACCUAUGAUGACGGCGUACCAGAACCUAAAUUAAAAGCGAACGCGUCAUUGGCGGAGAUAGUGGAUCGCAUGCGGAACCCACAGUUGGGCGUGGGAUUCUUACAACAGACUGUUAGCUUGCCCUCACACACGUUCGUGUCAAUAUACGCCAUACAUUGGCUGCAAGCUAACAUGGAGGGAGUGACCUAUGAACGAGCCACGUCUAUUAUGGAGAAAUUAUUACAAGAAAAGUUGAUAUGUCACGCGUCGGGUGAUACGACGAAACGUUUUGUCGUAGGAUACUAUAUGUACCACAUACUGCCACAGAAGAAAGAUAAAGAAACAAUGCCAGACUACGUCAAACCUCUAGGUGACCUUCAAUCCUUCGAGAACGAGUGGAUGGAAGUGGAAGUGCUUGGGCCGCGGUCCCCAUUGCUCCCGGCAGACACCACGACGGGAGCCAUCGACAUAUCAGGCUCUAGUCCAGUCACUGAUGACACUGGAGUACCAGCCUUCCUCUGUGAUAAUAUAGACCCCAGUUAUAUGCAGUUGGGGUCUGAUAGUGAUAUGCCUCUCUACAAGAACACGCAUUUGGAUAUCGAUGUCAGUAACAAGAGCGACCGCAUCGAGUGGGGGCACGCGCGCUACCAGGCGACAUUCCGACCGGACCAGGCGUACGAGAUGUGUAUACAGUGGGCCGUCGCCAGCGGGAAUAUUGUUGCUGAACUGAUAUUCGGCUGGGCUCGCAAAGCCCAAAGCUGUAGACUGCAGAUGGUGCCAAUACCGGCAGACCCGUUGGCGUUGCCAUUCACAUUGAAAUCUGAUCCAUUGAGGGGACCCAUUUACGUACCUUUGAACGAAGAACCCCUACUUCGAAGCAAGGUCACGUUAUUCGAAGGUUUUCCUGAAGAUACAUGGUUGGAGCGCCUUUUCCUGUUCCAAGAAGCGAUAGUGGGCAGAUUUGGCUUCAUUAAAUGUACGGUGGAAAGUACAUCUCAUGAGGCAGGAGUUGGCGACCAUUUAUACGUACAUGUCACUGGAAACAUGUUUAUAUUGAUCCCUACUACUGUGAAGUCAGAACAACGAGCUUUAAGGACUAAACCUGCAAACAAACCGCUCAAUGCUAGCCGAUACCCUGUACAUCCAGAAGCAGCUCCAAGUCCUCACGAAGGCUACAUCACAAGACAUGUCAGUGGAAAAAAUAAAGAUGAUUAUGACAAUAGCCGCAGGAUGGGUUUCCUCUGGUCUUGGAAUCACAUGAUAUCGAAAAAGUGGAAAUAUGCACAGACACCUGCAACGGGCGACGAAGGUUUCCAAAUGAGAAUGCUAAGGGACUUCAAACAUUUCUGUGCAAAUCAAGAACAAAGACUCAGUCAGUUCUGGGAUCAGUGCUGGGAAAUGCGGGAAAAGGCACGAAUGCAGGACUGUUAAUAUAAGCCAAAUACUUAUCGUGUUAAUAAAUGAUUACUGUUGAAUAUAUUUUAUUAAUUCCAUUUGGAUUUUUUUUUUGUUUAGUUUUAAAAUAUUUUCUUCAAAAAUAUUUUUCGAAGUUUUUUUUCUAAUUUUAUUUCUCGAAUUAUGUCAGCAGCAGCUCAGAUUACGAAAUUGUGUCAAAUGGGCUUUUUGUCAGGGGAAAAUCAUCAAAAGAGUUCCCUCUCGCAAGAGAGAGAGGAAGAGAUGAGAGUCUGACACUUGAGAAGACAUUUGAUGAUUUUCCCCUCACAAAAAAGGGGGUAAUAAUAGGUACCAACCGGUAAAUUGUUAACUAUCUUCAAAUGACCUCUGUAGUGUAGUGUUGCGCCCUUAUUUUAUAGCAAUAUGUCAACGAACUCAUGACCUUGGUCGUUCAGGGCCGUAAUGUGUACGAGUAGACUCAUUAGGCACAUUUGAUAAAAUAUAUUAGUAGGUAUUAAUUAAAUAAAUUUUACAAUUAUUGUUGGAAAUGUAGUUUUAUUAAUUAAAUGUGAUUUAGGUACCUACUCAAACAUGUGUAUUUGUAUUUGUUUAAAUACAGGUAACACGGUAUGUUAUGUAUCUAUCUACUUGCCUAUGUACCUGUUUUCUCCAGUAGCCCCAUGCUUUUUGUCAUUGAAACACCACGCACAAUUUUUGUGCAGAAAAUUUUGGUAGGUCUUAGGUAGGUACUACCUACUUUUCCCGACCAUUCAAUCGAACUUGACUUUCUAUUCGGGUUCAGUACAUCAUUCGAAUUCGAAGUGUGUAAAAUUAAUUUCACCACGAUGACGGGGACAACUCGAUCUCGACUCGACUUUUUUCUUUGGGAUUUGGCAAACGAGCAGAUGAACCUGAUGGCCAGAAACACCAUAACAUCAGAGGAUUUAGGUACAACUGUAUCGGACUUAGGAGUUAGGGAUUUCUACUAGUUAUAUAAAAAUACAAUGCUCGUACUUAUGUACUUUUUAACUUAAUUUACUAAUUCAGUAAAUGGGUAGGAAAGUAAAAAAAAUAUUAUUUUUCAUAUUCAAAAUACAUUUUAUUAACAAUUUCAUGUUAUAAAUAAAAACAAUUUCAUUUAUUGUAAGCACAAAAUACCUAAUUUAGGUAUUUAGAUAAAAACUAAAAAAAAUACCUAAUUUAGGUACGUUAUAUUUAGAUAAAAAAUAAAAUACCUAAAUAGGUUCCUAGCGGCUUUUAUCUACGUACAAAGGUGACUACUUGACUAGGUGCUUAAUUUAAGUAGGUACCUACCUACCGUAUGGGCUUUUAAAACCAGCUAUUGUUUUAACAGGUAAUGCUUAUGGUUUUCCAAAUAGAGCUUAAUUCGAACAUUGACGGUGUUUUUUUAACGGGGGCAAUAAUCUGCAGUACCUAGGUAAGUAAAUCUAAAAUCAAAUGUGUAGCUAUCUGUGAAGUUUCCUGUUUUAACCAGUUUAGGCAGACAUACCAAAACCGUAAGUACCUACCUAAUAAAUUCUUCUAGUCACCUCUCGCCCGUAGUAGCUAUAUUGUUAGGUUAGGUUUAACGACCUUGACCUUAUUUUACAUGUUUACGUAACUAUGACAAUACUCAUUUCUAAAACUGUACUUAAACAUAAUUAUAUCUAAUAAUAAUUGCCUGCUUUAUAAUGAAGCACCAGGUCAGGCCCAUCUAUUCGAAGUUAAAUGAACAUUUUUUAAAGCUAUUAAGAAAACUAUCCAUACUGCUUGAUUUCCCAUUCGGUUUUUUUGCUAAGACUAGACGACGAGUUAACAUACUUGAAAUACAUGGAACUUGUUUUUUAUAAUUAGUUACAUCAUUGGAUGUCUCAGACUGAAAAUUUAAUGCAACUUUUUGACACACAUAAGUUAGUAGAGUCAAGAUAUCAAUAGGGUCUUCUGCUGUAUAGGUUAAUUCUUCAUAGAGGGCUUGAAUGAACCAGGAUCCACGGUCACGGUUUCUCCACGCAAAAUAUCCGGGUACGGUAGAAAGUACAAGCAGAAAAUCAGGAUGAACAGGAUUUUUAUGAGGUUCAUACCAGCCGUCUGUCUCGGUCUCUCGUUUUAGUGUGAUUCCGUCAUCAUAUUUAUCGCCUUGGCACGCUUGAAACAUGAAUAACUUUGGUUUACCAGCGAGCGUGGGACAUUUUGCGUCAGUAAAAGGACUCCAUAAGUUUUCUGCUCUGUAGUGGGUAUCUCUGGCAUAGAGUAGUCCCGAUUCUCCGUGGCUUAAAACCAUGAUGAGUAGACAGUCAUUUUUGGAGUGAUUCAUCUCAGCUGUUUGUUCAAUCUGUUUCAUAAUAUCUGUAUAUUUAAAAUUAUGAAAUAUAUCAACACUAAAUCCCAACGCUGUUAAACAUUCUUCUAAAUUAUCACAAUCUUUCAGAGAACCGGCUCGUGGUGGGAUAUCGAUAUCGAAUCGAUCGUGAUUAAAAAUAAUGGCUUUACCUCGAUACUUGUGGUUCAUGUCGUAAAAUUCAUUUUUGUAUGAAUUAAAUGAUUCAGCGCAGCUGACUUGGCUUCCAUUAGUGCUGCUAUGUGCCAUUUUCUAUAUUUCCCAAGAGUUUGAUAAAAUAUUAGAAGUUAAUGACAAGUUAAUGACUAAUCAUAACCUAGUUUUUAAUCUGCACACUUCAAAAUGCAAUUUAAAACUGACUGACAUACUGACUAUAUAUGACAUUUAUAGCCAACCAUAUGACGUAAUUCAUUGAAAAAAAUCAUAUUUAACAAGGGGAAGCACGUCGAGC